AUAAUCGUUUUGGUCUGUGGUUGGGUCUGUAGAAGUGAGAAGAGAGAGAAGAAGAAGAAGGAGGCAUGGAAGUGCAGCAAAUAUGGGAGACGGUGAAGGAGGCCAUCGUGGCCUACACAGGCCUAGCUCCGGCCACUUUCUUCACGCUGGUGGCGCUCCUCUUUGCCGUUUACUACUUGGUUUCGGUGAUGUUCGGGUCGCCAGCAUACGAGGACUAUCGGCGCCACGGGGAGAGGGAUAUGGAAGAGGAGCAGAUGCCACCUCUGAAGCCGCCAGUGCAGAUUGGUGAGGUGACUGAGGAGGAGCUCAAGGCCUACGAUGGCACCGAUCCCGAGAAGCCCCUUCUCAUGGCCAUCAAAGGUCAGAUCUAUGAUGUCUCCCAAAGCAGGAUGUUUUACGGACCCGGUGGACCCUAUGCUCUUUUUGCAGGCAAGGAUGCUAGCAGAGCUCUCGCUAAGAUGUCUUUUGAAGACAAAGACCUCACUGGGGAUAUUUCUGGGCUUGGCCCAUUCGAGAUUGAAGCCUUACAUGACUGGGAAUACAAGUUUAUGACCAAGUAUGUUAAGGUCGGUACCAUCAAACAAACUGGACGGGAUUUGGAUGUUGAUGCUAAGCCUACUGAAGCUGCCCACUCUGAAACUCCCUCUCAUGUUGAUGCUGAUAAAGAUGAGUAAAUGGAAAAAGGGUUGCUGAGAAGAGCCUUACAAAAUAUGUGACACUGCUUUACUUUUUGUGCUAUGCUAAUGCUAUUCAUGCUUUGUUGGAAUAUUAAGUCUAAGAUCAAUAAGUAAGGAAUUACUAGUGAUAAGUUUGAGUCAUAUCUUUCUUUUUCCUCCAUAAUAUGUAUAUUAGUUAACAGCAACAGAUCAAUAACAUUUGGGAGCAUAUCUUGGGCCAAGUAGUUGUCUUUCUGUAUUGAUAUUUGAUACAAUGGCAAGAAUAAACGAAGGGUUAGAAGUAUCCUUGAUGAA